AUGGUUUUUGGAUUCAUCUAUUCUUUAAUUACCGCCCAGUUGUGGCAUGUUCAACAGCUUUGGUCAGCACUUUUUGUUCAGCGCUUAAGAAUUAAACACUCGAAUGGUCCUCCUUUGAUUGAAUCCUCAAAAGAACCAGAAGAUGAAAUUUCAGAAGUUCAAACACAAACCCAAUUCCCAGAUUUAGACCUGUUCUUUGAAGAUUACCAAGGUUUUGAUAUAGAUAAUGAUUCAUACGGUGGUUUUGACAUUUUAGACUAUGUUGAGAAUGGCUAUUUUGAGCCUCUUGAUGACUUUGGAUUGGGUUGGUCUGAUUCAUUUAUACCCACAGGGUAUAGUCUUUUGAAACACACACAUCUCUCAAGUUUUGAUCAAGUGUUUUACAAUCCACAGUUGGUUAUUUUACUACUCACUAUUCUAUUGUUUUCAGCAGUUUUGAUAAAAGUUCUCAAGUUCAUCAAGAAGAGAAAGAUUACCAGUCAGUUUCAAACAGUACCAACUCCUGAAUUGAAAAAUCCCAAUGAUCUUGAACGAUACAUUGAAUCCAUCCACAGCUUGGACUAUGAUCACUCCUAUGCUUUUGAAACUGCGUUUGAGUCAUUCGGGCCAACAAUUAGUGACGUUGAGUAUGAUAAACCAUCGUUAUCUGAGUUGUUUAAUAUUAGUGGUGGUCCAAGUCUCAAUAAUGAUAGCUCACACGAAGAACAAGUUUCAAAGAAAGAAACCACUGAUGUUAUCCAAUUCACCAAUGAUUAUCCAGAUGCCUUGAUUUCACCCACCAUUGUCAUGGGUGAUGAUAGCUUUGAAAAAUUUAUGACCCGCUUUGAAACUGAAGACUAUCAAGUCAUUCCGCUUACCAUUGAUAAAUAUUCUGAUUCAAAUCCUUCCUAUUCAAUACCUGUCAACAGAGCUGCUUCGCGAGAGUUUAAUCAAACCAUUGAUGAAUUGGUAAAUAGAAGAAAGCUAAUUGACCUUUUGCCUUCUUCACAGGGAUCAUCACUAGAGAUCAACCAUGAGCCUCACUCGUUAUCUUCCAGGAACUCUCCGGUAAACAUGACACUUCUUUCAGAUGAGAUCACAGCUGUUUGGGGAGAUGGUGAUGAGCUUGAAAAUGAGAAGGGUCAUGAUGAAUAUCAAUUAACUGAUGACAUCGAACGUAUAAAUCAAGCUGAACCUUCUGAUAAUUUUGCAGAAACUGUUUUUCAAAUGGACCUUGGAUCCUCUGAAUUAGAAUACAAAACUCAGCAAUCAGAGGCAUUUAGUAACAUAGUCGAAAGUUAUGUUAGGUCAAUCAAGCAUAUCAAGGAAUUGAAUGAGUAUCUAGAAGGCUUUACUCCUGAUAAUAGCAGUGUUGAUGAGAAAAUUGAUUUCUUUGAAAUCCUGUCCGGAAAAGAGCAGACGUCUACAAUUGCAACAUCACUGACUGAAGAAGAUAGUAUGGGUCCAGAACUGGGAUCUAGCUAUGAGAAAUCAACAGAUGCUUUAAAGAAGGACAGUUCUAAAGCUAACGAUCUCGUGAAUAUUGAAAAUGAAGUUUUGAAGGAGAUAAUACUGCCUAAUGAGCAAUCGCUACCCAGAAAACAAUCAAUUUUGAAAGCCGUUUUUGAAAGUUCACCUGCAAGCAAAAAUGAGUUGUUCUCGUCACCAAGCUCAAAAAUUCCUAUAUUGAAUAAUGACAGGGUAGAAAGGAUCAUUCGUUCACCACGGCCAAAGUUUCAUUCACAACAAAAAUCAAAAAUUACAGACGAGGUCUUGAAGCAUUUUUUUAGCACAGAGGAACCUGAUAUCGAAGGGUAUUUGCUGGAGCUAUUCGGAGACGAUCCCAAGGUUUCAAUAAAUACAGAUCUUUUAGAGACACUUUCAAAAGAGAAUAUAGAUACACUCAUGGAUGUUUAUGUGGGUAAAGAAUCUUCAGAGAAUUGGAAAGAAAGAUAUGAGAAUUUUGAUCUAUUGAUUGGACACUUACGUCUUCAUGAACCAAAACAGUUGUAUUCAUAUUUUGAAGAGAAAAUAUUUGAUGUUAUUGAAGAUAUUUUGGAAAUGGUUGGCACCUCAAGAUCCAAACUAUUAGAAAAAGUUAUUUUGUUUUCCAGAGAGAUUGUUUAUUAUGGUGACAGCUUUACUUUGAAUGAUGAAUCAUUUGUCUCAUUGAUUCAUUUAUUGAUCCCGUUGACAAAAUCCACAUCUAAAUUCAUCUACAAGUUGGCUUUAAAAUCUUUAUGUUUGAUGAUACAGGCUGUGGGAAUUCAGGAUUUUAAGAGAAUCUUCAACCUUAUGAGCAGUGAUAUAUUGGGUAAUAGGAAACUUAAAGGGGAGAAAUAUGCAUGCUUGUUCAUGAUUAAGUUUUAUCUUGCUGCCAACUACAAGGACAUGACAGGAGACGAUACAGAAGAGAUCGUCAAAAAGCUUCUCCCGUUUACUUCAAAUUUGGCCAUUGAUAGCUUCCAGAAGACGAGAGCUGAAAUAGUUGAAAUUUACUUGAUUUUGGAAAGAAAGAUACCUCAAUCUCAAAAUCUUGUUCUAUUUUAUGAUAGCUUCUCUACAUUCCUAAAGAGUAAGCUUGAGAAACCUCAAAUUCCCAAAAAUGAGGUAAAUAUCUGA